UUGGGGGGAUACUUUUAAUCACCCCCAGAAUGAGUGCGCUCAUAAUUUGACAAAACAUCCAGGUACAAACGGCUAAUUGCGAAGAUGUGAUUCUGUUCAGCAGAUACAGGUCAGUCUCAUGUUUUCCUCCCUCCGCGCUCGCUCAAGCGCGCCACCGCUUCAGUACCAUGGAGAGCUCCGUUUUCUUCAUAGGAACGUUCAUCCAAUCAACGCUUUUCUCAGACAAAGCCACAAGAAAAUAAUUCAUGCCUUAAGCAACAACCAGUAUGUUGUAUAAAAACUGGAGGCAAUUGUUUACGCCGUGCUAUCUUUGCAAAAAUGACAAAACAAAGACCUUGAGUAUAGUUUAAGCAAAUAUGGCAUCAUUUGUACUUCUUCCUUCUAUAAACAAUACAGUGCAUGGCAUUUCUGUCAUUAAGGAUCUGCUGAGUUUCUAACGAGACACAAUUGGCUUAGCCAAAAGUCUUUUUAAAGUUUUUCUGUAUUGCAUUUGUCAUAUGCAAGUGAUAAUGACAGUUUUGUCAGUUUGCAGUCUGUUAAGAAUAUGAAAACUACCAUAUCGUAAAUAGACGCGGGACGUCGUGUUUGCCUGAGGAGGUAACCAUAGCAACAGUAUGCUUUCCAUUCAGUAUUGAAGUGAAAAACGAGGUUUAUAUAUCAAUAUAAUCACCAAAAAGGGUGACAGAUGACUGUUAAAUAACUGCCAUAGAGGUUUAAAAAGACUAUUUUGGUUGCACAAAAAAGAACCCCAUAGAACCUCUCCAACACCGCGUGAGAGAGCGCGUCUUUGGAACUGUUGCCAUUGUUUAAUCUCGAGUCGCGUUUUGGACACUUUGUGAAUGAUUUGCGUCGUACGCGCAAGGCAAAACACAGAAUCGAUGCUCUUGUCUUGUUGGGCUCCGAUUGGGCGAGUGGUGGAAAUGUGUCAGGCAUAUGCUCGCCGUGGGCGGGAGUAGACAUGUGUUUAUAAAGCUCCGUGGGGCGGCGACAGUGUGUUAAAAAGCAAACGAGAGCGCAGGACAGAGAAGCCCUCGGUUCACCCGAUGUUAGGUAGGGGAGGCGGGUCGCCCUCUGCCGCUCCGUCUCCUCACCUGUAUGGAUGACCACUACAACCUUAUCGACUCGCCCUCAGCCAGCCACAGAGGGACCAACGCAGACAACCACGGCUACGCGGAGACGGAGAAGGACAUCAUGACAGUUGUGGCGUGCGAUAACAUGCUGGAGGAGACCGCGGCGCUGCCCAGUCACCUGUCGCUGGAUCGAUACGAGCCGGACCACGAGUGCUGCGAGCGAGUGGUCAUCAACAUCUCGGGGCUGCGCUUCGAGACCCAGCUGAAAACUUUUAACCAGUUCCCGGACACGCUGCUCGGAGACCCGAAGAAAAGGAUGCGCUACUUUGACCCGCUCAGAAACGAGUAUUUCUUUGACAGGAACCGACCCAGCUUCGAUGCCAUCCUCUACUACUAUCAAUCCGGGGGGCGCAUUCGGAGACCCGUCAACGUUCCCAUUGACAUCUUCUCGGAGGAAAUUCGCUUUUAUCAACUUGGCGAGGAAGCCAUGGAGAAAUUCCGCGAGGAUGAGGGCUUUAUCAAAGAAGAGGAGCGACCACUGCCAAACCACGAAUUUCAGAGACAGGUUUGGCUUUUGUUUGAGUACCCAGAGAGCUCUGGUCCUGCCAGAGGCAUUGCUAUUGUGUCUGUCUUGGUCAUUUUGAUUUCCAUUGUUAUUUUCUGCUUGGAAACCCUGCCUGAGUUUAGGGACGACAAGGACCCGACUCCUGUCUCGCCAAUUGCGAAUGCCACUGGCCCUUUCGUGUCCAGCACUUUCACAGACCCUUUCUUUGUGAUCGAGACCCUUUGCAUCAUCUGGUUCUCUUUUGAACUGCUCGUGCGAUUCUUCGCGUGCCCCAGCAAGGCUACUUUUUCCAAAAACAUCAUGAAUAUCAUUGAUAUCGUGGCUAUUAUUCCUUACUUCAUCACUCUGGGGACGGAGCUGGCUGAGAGGCAGGGCAACGGCCAGCAAGCCAUGUCUCUGGCCAUCCUCCGCGUGAUCCGUCUGGUGAGGGUAUUUCGUAUCUUCAAGCUCUCGCGCCACUCCAAAGGCCUCCAGAUUCUCGGCCAGACCCUCAAAGCCAGCAUGCGGGAGCUGGGACUCCUCAUCUUCUUCCUCUUCAUCGGGGUCAUCUUGUUUUCCAGCGCCGUCUACUUCGCCGAGGCCGAUGACCCUACCUCCAGUUUCAGCAGCAUCCCUGAUGCUUUCUGGUGGGCUGUGGUUACCAUGACUACGGUCGGCUACGGAGACAUGCAUCCAGUAACCAUCGGGGGCAAAAUCGUGGGAUCUCUGUGCGCCAUCGCUGGCGUGUUGACCAUUGCGCUGCCCGUACCUGUCAUCGUGUCCAAUUUCAAUUACUUUUAUCACCGGGAGACUGACGGGGAGGAGCACGCGCAAUACCUCCACGUUGGCAGCUGUCAGCAUCUCAACUCCACAGAAGAUCUGAAACGGACACAGAGCACAUCCUCCCUCAGUAAAUCGGAAUAUAUGGUCAUAGAGGAAGGAAUAAAUAGCGCUUUCAAACAGCCAAACUACUCCAACCAGAACAAUCAAAACUGCGUGAAUAUUAAAAAGAUUUUCACAGACGUGUAAAUCAUGUACAGUGCCAGACAGUCUUACAAUAAUCACCAUGAUGGCACUGGUGCGAAUGCGAGGUGCUGCUACGUUAUUAGGGUACAACGGGGCUAAAAGCCCCCGUUUGAGGGAAAAAGUGAAUUUUUUUUUUUUUUUUUUCUUGGUUGGGUCCCAAAGUAUAUGAGACAGUUGAAAAAAGAUUUAUUUUUACUGAAUAUAGAUGGAGAUACAUAUAUAUACUUUGAAUAAAGUAAAUGCUACAAGUAGUUUGUUUUGCUUAAAUAAAAUAUAUAAAGGCAGCUAGAGGGAAGAAUUUGUCACCAUAUGCAAAUACUUUUGAUAUAGCAAGAUAUUUUAGAGUAAUAUUUAAAUGCAUACUUCAGCAAAUGGUGUAGCUAUUUUCAGCUUAUUUACUCGCUUUUGGCAUUUCAUGGAGCUAUAGUGUAAUUGCAGUCAGAUUUCAUAUUGUAACUAUAGGAGUUAAUAUAAAUCCACCAUAUGUAACAAAAUGAUUCCCUCUCAGUUACAAAAUACAAUUAGUUGCACUACAGGUAAUCUGCAUUAUCAUCCUUUACCAACUUAUCUGAGUUUUUGGCUAUUCAACAGGUACUGAAAACUAAAGUCUUGAGAUAUAUAAAUUAUUGUAAUGAUUUCUAUUAGCUACAUCAAUUAAAAAAAAAAAAGUCUUUUGUCAUUGCACACCUAAUGAAUCAGGACACUUGGGGACAGUUUUGGAAGGUACUUUGGUAGUUUUUGUUGCUGUUUAGUGUUUUGAGAGUAUGUAAAUCACAAGGGCCUUUUACCCCGGGGGGCCUUUAGAUCCGUUGUACCCUACAUCUUAUGGACAAGCCAGCAUAUAAAGUAAAGCAGGGCGCUUUUUUGGUAGAAAGGUGCCAAACUCCGAUUCACAUGUUGCAUUUGUCUACAGCACAAAGGAUAAGGUUCAGGUCAGGGACUAAAAAGAAGUAGCACCCAUACUGCAAAUAUUGUGCUCGAAACAACCUGGAUGUCUGUUUACUGGAAUUCUGGAUUUUGCCGACAACGGAUAUUAGGCUAAUAUGACAAACUGAAACAUGCAUGUGACGUACUCCAAAACAAUAAAGACAAAAGGAUUUAAA